AUGGCAGUAAAUCCCUACGAAGUCCUCAAUCACGACUUGUCGCCCCCACCAACGACACCAAACAGCGAAGUCACCUUUACAUAUCCUCCGCCAUGCCACCUCAAUGACUCCGAUCCAAAAGCCCAUCUCAGAUCUACUCACCCUCCACGUCCAGGUCGACAUUCACCGCAACUUGCCGCACCCGAGGUUAUUGUGCCGAGUCCCCCUGAUCGAUCACGGUCGCCUCGAUAUCCUUCCAUCCCCAACUCGCCACCAUUGACUUCCCAAGCCAAGUCUCCUGUCCUCUCAUGGUCGCCGCUGCUACCUUCGAUUCCUAACUCCCCACCCGGGCUUACUCAAGUUCGACUGCCAGAUGAUGAUGCGGUCCUUCACAUUGAUGAAUCGGACGAUAUUCCUCUUGAGCUUGCACCCAACCUCAAUAGCGUCCACAUUCCAAGUCCUCUGCUGCACCACCAACGCAGUCAUGAACUGUUCACGCUGCCCAAUGACAGUCUGGAGGACGAACGUAUCAGUGCGUUCCUCUUAACAUGUGACCUAAACACGGUUGAAGCUGGUGUCCCAAGCUGCGAUGCUGGCAGUCUCGUUUUUGAAGAAGCCGGAAAGCACGAUAGCUCCGCUCCAACCCUGCUGUGCUCCAUGGAGAGAUCAGUCUGUCAGAUCGCAAGACAGUUCUGCAACGUCCCUCGGCUGCCCUGGCUCAUUCCAUCAGACUGGGGAGUCGCGGAACUUCCGCCAUCUGAAGCAUCUACCUCUGGUCUAUGUGGCUUUGAGGCCUCAAGCAACCCGACAUCAGUAUUCUGCAAUGCAGAGCAGGACCCAUCGGCUUCGAAGGCAACUGUUCCAAACACCAGAACUGGCUUACAAGACAUCUGCGGUGUCGACUGUGAGCUAAUCUUCCCAACCCUGCCUGACACGUUGGAAAGGGGAAACACAGAUCGACUCACACGGAAGGAAUCUAGUAUAGGGUUCCUCAAAGAUGUGUUUGUCGACGACGAUCCCGAGACGACCGAACGAAGGUGGGACUCUUUCGAGGCUACCAUUUGUAGACCCCAAGAUUCGUACCAGUUGUCGAACUGGGUGAUAUCUCCUUCAGAAUGCCUCGGCGCUCGACUUGACACUAGAUCACAUCGAUCUACUGUCUUGCCCGCGGAGACUGUCGACUUUGCAGCGUGUGCGACACCUGAUUGUAUGGCUCUUGUCCCUGCCAGGCUGUACCAAUAUCAGUAUCUUGGUUGGCCGAAGUGGCAGGUGGACUACCGCGAAAGUCGCUGGCCCAUCCUUGGAACACCUCUUCUCGGAGCGAAAGUACCUGACCCCGACAACUUUUCUCUGUGGCUCAAGAACCUUGGACUAGACAGGAGCCAUAAUGAGCAUUACCCCGUUCCCUCGAUAGAAGAGUCAGUCGAAAGCUUGGGCCUCGCCGACGUUUUCGAUGAAGAUGCACCAGAUGCCCGUCUUCCGAUAGACGGCCCUUUCCCGGACCAUCUCUCGAGCCUGGAGUUAACGUCUGUCCAUAGCUCUGAAGUUGAGAACAGUGUUUCUGGAUACGAGAGCAUCACCGAGAUCGAACAUGAAGAUGCUGCUUUGAGUGAAGAUGACUGGGCUGACUUCGAGUGGGAUAACGAACCAGAAUGGACCAAGGGCAGGCAUUAA